AUGAUGAUUAACCCACGUUCGUGGAUGUCUGACCUUCCCUCUCAUAUAUCACAGAAGGCCCUUAAUCUGAUAAGCAUUCCAGGUAGUCAUAAUUCAUUUACGUAUUCGAUUACUCAACAUAGUCCUCCUUCUCCUGAUGGUCCUAUUUUUCGUUUGGAUACAUGUUUACCUCGUUCAUUUUUAAGCCGAAUAUUGUAUCCUUGGAGUGUGACACAGUCACUAAGUUUAUUCGAUCAACUGGAAGCUGGGAUUCGAUAUUUUGACUUUCGUAUUUGUGCACGACAAAAAUGUUUGAACAAAUGUAAAAAUGAUGAAUCUGAAUUUUAUUUAGCACACGGACUGUACGCAAACCUGUUAUCUACAGAACUUCAGAGCAUUCUUGGUUUCCUCAAAGCCAAUCCGAGAGAAGUUCUUAUUGUGGAUUGUAAUCAUUUUUAUAAUUUUGAAACUGAUGAACAGGAAUAUUGUUUUGAAUCAACUGUUUUAAAGAUUUUAGAUAAUGUUAUGUUCCCUUAUCAAAAAAAUAUUCCAACAUUAGAAGAACUUUGGAGUGCUAAGCAACAAAUCAUAUUUAUAUCCUGUCAUCGAGAAUCCCCCGAGAAGAUCCACCCAAAAUUUUGGCCUUCUAGUAGCAUAAAAUCAUUUUGGCCGGAAACUGUUGGUCCACGAGCUAUGAUUUCAUUCCUAAAUAACCAUAUUAACUGGUGUUUUCACAUGAAGACCCAUGCUCUCAUUAUUUGUAAGGCUUGGCUUACUUGAUUGCUUUCGAAAUACUGAGCUUCGUGGUGUAGGUGUAUAAGCACCAGCAAUUUCAAGACCAUAUGAGGAGUCUGUUUUUUUCACUGAUUCAUAUUUCAUUCCAUAUGCAUCAACUUCAGGAGGGUUUUCCUCAAUUCAGAACAUAAUGUAAUUGAAAUGUCUCAAACAAUAUUCUAUCUUAUGAAAUAAGGAAUUUUUUAUUUUAAAUGAUUGAUUAAUACAAUGUUAACUAAAGCAACUUUGUUAGAGAUGUGACAUUCACAUGAAAAGAUUUCAAUGAUCGUAGUACCAUAUUUAUACACUGGAUUACUCUCAUAAAUACAGUUUUGGGAAUAAAAUAACAGACGUCCAAUAAAUCCUCAUAAUUUCAGUCACAGUACAUAUUAACCGGCUUUGCUAGAAAAGACUAGCAUAUUUUUUAAUGUUUAUGAAAUAGCUGAGAUUAUGUUUGCAUUCUAAACUAUUCAGAUCAAUUUGCUUCUGGUUCAGCGGGUAGACAACAAGAAUACAAUCAAUAUAAGGUAAUUGCCAAUCUCUUGAAUUGGAAUCCACCAUAGAAAUUAAUUCAUCCCAUGUUUCAUCCAAACGAUAAUCUAAUAUUCUAGGAUGUUUUAUUUCUUUGACAUUUUCUUGAUGUAAAAAAAUUGAAAGAUCUUUUAUGAUUUGUUCACUCAUUUCAACCCACGAAUAAUAAUCAUACUGUUUUAAAAUUGAUUUUUUAUUUAUUAAUUGUUCUUUUGGAUUUAUAGUUUUUUCUCCUGUAGAUGAUAAUGUUAUAGGACGACAAGUAUUCUUUGUGGAACUACAAUUAUACUUUGUAUCAUUUGACAACUGGUCAUUUGUAUUAUUAUUAAUUAACUCCGCAUUCUCUGAAUGUAAAUGAAUAGUAUUAAUGUUAUACACCAAAGAUUUUUUAUAUUCUUUAAUUUCCUGCCUUACUGGUUUAACUUGAUCAAAAAAG